UCGGACUUUUCAUUGAAACAUUCUUCAGACUUUGCUAAUAAAACCAAAUUAUUGUGAAAUUCUCAGGCACAUCUGAUGCCAAAUAAGUCAAAGGAUCCGUGUAAAUUGAACGCGUGCAAAAUUCAGUCUUGUUUGACGAAAAACAACUACCAGGAAUCUGCUUGCUUGGAUGUGCUGGAGGAAAUGAGACAGUGCUGUCUCAAAUACCACGACAAAUCUCUCUGCUGUUCAGGAAUCAAAUUGGAUAAACCAUACAUCGAAACAUCAACCAACAAUGGAAAAUCAUCAUCGUCGCAUGACAUCAGUCAAACGUAAUUGGAUGCAACGAAACCCGCGACUAUUUUCGUCCAUUUUCAUCACAACGUCUCUGCUCUUUUUCUUUUCGCGUCCCAUCUACGACGCUUUCAUUCGCGACGAUCUACUUCCGUCCACAGGCAAAGCCAAACCGUUUUAACUCGUCACGUCACACCAUAAUGGAGUCCGUGCGUAAAGCCAACCAAAGACUAAAACAAUAUCCGAUGCUGUUGGGCAAAUGUUCCGAUAGCGCUGCAGUGUAUGCGGCUUGUGUAACUAGAGACUUAAAUGUGAGCCAUCGUGCAUGCGAACAAGAAUUUUUAGACUUUAAAAAGUGUUUACAAAAAGUGGCCCGGGACAUGAAGACGAAACUGUGAAAAACUGAUAAAGACUCUUCCAUCUGGUGCAUCUAGUUUAGUGUGACAAAAUGAAACUGAAAGUGCUAGCGGACGCGUUAAAGACAAUUUCAUUUCAAAAUCAUUUGAUCCUCAGCAUUCUGAUUCGAUGCCUACUAAUCGUAUACGGAGAGAUACAGGACGGUGUGUCCGAGGUGCCGUACACUGACAUCGACUAUAAAGUGGUGACUGACGGAGCCCGA